AUGUCGGCCAGCAGUCCCAACAACGGCCUCUGCGCCAUCUGUAGCGACAAAGCCACAGGCAAACACUACGGCGCCUCGUCGUGCGACGGCUGCAAAGGUUUCUUCAGACGCAGCGUGCGCAAGAACCACGUGUACCAGUGUCGGUUCGUAAGGUCCUGCCACGUUGAUAAGGACAAGAGGAACCAGUGCAGAUACUGCAGGCUGAAGAAGUGCUUCAGAGCCGGCAUGAAGAAAGAAGCGGUGCAGAACGAGCGAGAUCGCAUAAGUGUUCGGAGGACGCCGUACGACGACCAACAACGCAACAGCGCCCUCUCAGUGGCCACCCUCUACAACGCUGAUGCUGCCACGAAAUCGAUGCUCACCCAAAUAACGACAUCAGACAUAACGAGGAAAGCCUUGGCGAACGUUGGAGACAUCUGCGAAUCGAUGAAGCAGCAAGUCAUGAAGAUGAUUGACUGGGCCAAACUCAUACCGCCCUUUAACGAGAUGGACACUGACGAUAAGGUGUCACUGCUUCGUUCGCACGCGUGUGAGCACCUGCUGUUGAGUCUGGCGAGAAGAUCGUGCAUGUACAACGAGACCCUCCUACUCUCCAACGACACCGUCAUCACUCGAACCUCAUUGGACAACGAACAGAACAAGAUCACGUGCCGCAUCAUGGACGAGUUGAUCCAACCAAUGAGAGACAUCCAGAUGGACGAAUCAGAGUUCGCCUGCCUCCUGGCCAUCAUCCUCUUUGACCCAAGCAGUCGAAACCUGACGAUAUCACAUCGGAUUCGUUCCCUGCGUUGGCAGGUGCAAGUGAACCUGGAGGAUUACAUCAACGACAGGCAGUACGAUUCUAGGGGAAGGUUCGGUGAGAUGCUGUUGCUGCUACAAAACUUACAAACUAUCGCCUUCCAAGUCAUCGAACAAAUCAACGCUUACCGGUUGUAUGCCGGACUCAAGUUGGAUACUCUACUGCUGGAAAUGAUUCUGCAAGGUUCUCAUUUUUUUAUUAUUUGUGUAUUUAGUAGUUAA